AUGUCACGAGUUCAACAAUACUGGCUGCCGGGAUAUGGGCUAUCCCGACAUAUCGUCCUCGGGCACAUCCACUACUUUCUCGGCCCCUCUGCAUCAGUCAGACCAUAUAGUUAUCAGGGGCGCGAAGGUUACCUCAUCGUCGGGGUACCGAUUACACGGGAACAAAUCGAAGACCUUGCAACCAUGUCUAGAGAAUAUGAGAAACAGGAAGCCUUGCGGAUGACGCAUCAAAAUGGUUCUGGAAACGGCAAUGGCAGCAGAAAUGGAAAUGGCAACGGAAGUGGACAGUCUGGAGAGCCGUAUAUCAACGAAAUCAUUCCGGUGGAUUCAUCAAGACCUCGAAGACGCCCCGUGGAGCCGGACUCCAGAAGUGGUCGUUGA